CUUGAAGGAUCGAUAAUUUUGACAGUGUCAAUUACAUGUGUCAAUUACGAUUGAUCAAGGUAUAAAGGAAGGAAGACGUGAUUUGUACCGGAGCGGUGGUUAAGUAAAACGUUAAAUAUGGACUCGGAAGAAGGCGAAACAUAUCCGAAACAAGGAACGACAAUGCGCAGCGAAAAAAAUGCAGCUAUCGACUACGAUGAAGACAGACUGCACGAGAUGACAGCAUCUUAUUCGGAAAUAUCGUUCGACUCACAAUCGUCCCCACCUGUUUCGGAGUUGAGAUCGCUGAUCGAUUCACCGGAUAUCGAUGGGAGAAAAUUCUUGGAUGGCAGCUUGGAAAAGAUGAACGGAAUCGGUAGCAGACCGGAUCAGUUGAAUUUAAGAAAUAGAGAGAGUAGCCCGAUCGAAGACGAAGACAUAGAUCCGCCGAGUUAUCACAAAGCAAUGGGAUAUUUGCAAUUAGAAGGGACGGUGAUGCAAGACGGCGACAUGGUAUUAUUUGUUGCGGAAGAUUUAGAAAACAAAAUUAAGCUGUCUAGUCCUGUGACAAAAAAGGGCGACACCCCAUCGUUCCCAGGUUCUCGCAGUUCCACUCCUUGCUUGUACAGGCAGGCCUUGACACCUCAGGUGCCUCUUCUCGAUCAUAACGUAUUGAACGAAUUAGAAAUGGAAGCGAGAAAAGUGGCCACCUCUGUGGAUGCGUUAACGGAAAAUUUGGCUGCUAUUUUACACAGCGCAUCCGCGCUUACCGUUGGCUGCUUGGAAACGUAUAGGGAUGCUGUUUGUAAAACAUGCGACGCGGUGGAUCACAAUAUCAAAUCGAUGUAUCAGUUGAUGGCAAAAUGCGAGGAAUUAUCGAAAUCGAUGGGACCUGUGUACAAGUUAGCGGAACAAAUUAAAGAGAUGAAGAGGAUGUUGGAGUUGUUUGAGAGCGCAAUGAACCUCUAA